AUGUCCUCUCUCCCAAAGUAACUACACCAGCUUCCAGCAUCCCAUCUACGGACAGUGUUACACCUUCAACGGGGAGAGGGAGAAAAAUCGCUGGCGGUCACUAAUGCCGGGGAAAGGGAACGGCCUCUCCCUCCUCCUGAACACGGCACAGAUGGACCGCACCCCUUUCCUCUCCACCGCGGCUGGGGCCCGUGUGAUGGUGCACGGCCGGGACGUGGUCCCGUUCCUCGAGGAUGGAGGCUUUGACAUCCAGCCCGGCGUGGAGACGUCUAUCAGUAUGCACAAGGAGGAGGUGUCCCGACUGGGGGGCCAGUACGGAGACUGCACGUGGGACGGCAGCGAGGUCGGGGUCCCCAACCUCUACCGAGGGUCCUACACCCAGCAGGCCUGUCUGCGUUCGUGCUUUCAGCUGACCAUGGUGUCCCGUUGCGGCUGUGCUCACUACAGCUACCCCCUGCCCUCCGGUUCCGAGUACUGUGACUCCUUCCGGCACCGCGGCUGGGGACACUGCUACUUCCGGCUGUACAGGGAGUACACAGGGGACGUCCUUGGAUGCUUCCAGACCUGUCGGAAACCCUGCCGGCAGACGGAGUACACCAUGGUGGCCGGGUACGGGACCUACCCGUCGAGGAAAUCCCAGGUCUGGACCUUCCCCGUCCUGGAGCAGGAGGGCGGAAUCGGGACGUCCAGUCGGCCGUCCAUCGCAAAGUUAAACAUUUACUACCGGGAGCUGAAUUUUAAAACCACCAAGGAGACGCCUGCAAUCCCAGCCGUGGUGAUGCUCUCCUCACUGGGGAGCCAGUGGAGCCUCUGGUUCGGAUCCUCCAUCCUCUCCCUCGUCGAGCUCCUCGAGCUGCUGCUCGACAUGGCCGCCGUCUGCCUCAUCCUGGCACUGGGCCCCAGGCUGCGUCGCACCGCCUCGUUUCUCCCCGCUCCCGGCCCGGAAACCCCUCCCGGCUCGUCCUGCUCCCCACCGAUCCCUCUGCGUCCCAUUCUCUCCCUCGAGCCGACUCCGGCCUGCGGGGUCGACGGUCCCCCGUGGGACGUCGGCCCCGAGGACGGGAGGGGGCCGGCCCCCUGACCGGGCAACAGCGGCGGCAGAGGGGUAGGGGAACCGAUGUACCCCACAGCGCCUCCACAACCCCCCCGCAAAUCGUCCACUCCUGUCCUCCGCUCCAGCCCGGCGAGGAGGCCAUUUUGUUCGGGCCUAGUCAGCGUCGCCGCGGAAACCAGGGGCCUUAAAUAAAUGGUUCG